AUGGCCAGUCCAGUCUCCCUUGUCUGGACUCGAGGUGGAGAUCCCCAAGGUACAACGGGACAAGUGAGCUCCGUAGCGCGAUCGGGGAGCGCCACGUCCUACCAUUGUAGUCAUUUAGACAGCAAUUAGGACAGGCAAAGCGAACUGGCGAGCUAGAGGAAGCAGUUCGGAAGAAGAAGAAGAAGAAGAAGAAGAUGAUGAAGAUGAAGAAGAAGAAGAAGAAGAAGAAGAAGAAGGAGAAGAAGAAGAAAAAGAAGGUGACGAUAAUGGUGGUGGUGGUGGUGGUGGUGGUGGUGUUGGUUGUGGUGAUGAUGAUGAUGAUGCUGCUGCUGCUGAUGAUGAUGAUGAUGAUGAUGAGGAUGAUGAUGAUGAUGAUGAUGAUGAUGAUGAUGAUGAUGAUGAUGAUGAUGAUGAUGAUGAUGAUGAUGAUGAUGAUGAUGAUGAUGAUGAUGAUGAUGAUGAUGAUGAUGAUGAUGAUGAUGAUGAUGAUGAUGAUGAUGAUGAUGAUGAUGAUACGAUCAGUGAAACGAACGGUUCGGUUUCUUAA